AUUGCUCUUCACCCGCCUGUUAGAAAAAGAAUGGCGUAUUUAUCAUAAUCCUGCCACGAGAACGGCCACACACCACAUCUUAUGACCAUGUGACAGGGCACGCUUCGCACACCACUUUUCUCUCUCUCCCUCUCUCUUGGUAAAUCCCUGACAUCCCCCUUUUCUAUCAUAUUAAUACAAAGACAAAACUGUUUGCCCAGCUACGCAAUGUCAUUUUAUCUUUUUUGGCCAUUGUUCGGAUCAUAAUGACGAGCAGAAGACAAUCGCAGCAACAUCAGGCAUACCUUCAAACUCGCAACCGAGUCUACACUUGCUCUAGUUGUCACUGCCACAUUACAACCCACGAUGCCAUCAUGUCCAGAGCAUUUCAAGGAAGGCAUGGACCUGCAUUUCUUGUGGGUAAAGUCGUCAACGUUAUUGUGGGAGUCAAAGAAGAGCGGCUGUUGAUGACAGGCGUCCAUACAGUUGCUGAUAUAUCCUGCAGUGUAUGCCGCACGAAACUCGGAUGGAAAUACUUGCGGGCGCGCGAGAAACCGCAAAAGUACAAGGAAGGCCGAUAUAUUGUCGAAAAAUCCAAAGUAUCCCGAGAAAAUAUAUGGAGUGACGAUGACGACGAUGAUUAUUAAACGUACAAGAAGAAGAAGAAGAAACGAUAACACUAUAAGCAUCGACACUGUACGCAUUAACCCGGUUUUCCGAUCGCCACCAAUAACUGUUAUCAUCAAACUACACACAUGUCAAAAACGACAACCUGAUAUCUCCUAUUACUCUAACUGCUAUUGCUAUCCCUCAUCGUCAUCCUACUACUGCUGCUGCUGUUGUUGCUGAUGCGGU